CUGCUGCCCUUGCAAAACAGACAAUGGCGGAACAGCAGUACCCAGAACAAGAUCAACCCGCACAGCAGUCAGGCUUGAGGGUGCCCCUCUCGACGCGACCACGCAUCCUGGAGCGAACGCAUUCAUCGCCCGCCACGGCGGCCAAACACGCAGAUGGCCAGGGCCAGGGCGAGGGCCAGCAGCAGCAAACAUGGACGAGCUCGCUGACGGGCGCAGCGCCUCAGACGUCCGCGGUGCAGGGCUUGGGCAUUGAUAGCGAAAGCCGUUCCAACGGCUUCUUGCAGACCAACAACGACGCUGAACACGAAGUCAACAUUGCUGUUGUCGGCGCCGUCGGUGUGGGCAAGUCGUCGUUUAUCCAGCAGUGCCUGAGCCUCGUCACGCAUCCCACGGCUGCCGUCAGUUCCUGCCGCAUCAAGAUUGACGGCACCUCUUUCCUUGUCCGCAUGCUGGAGUGUCAGCUCCAAGACGUGAUUAUCGACAGGGACAACAAAAUCACCUGGCCCUCAGACCCAUGCAUGCCCACAGUCGACGCUGCAUGCACCCUGUACGACAUUACCAACAAAGACUCGUUUGAGGACGUUCCCGUCGUGCUGAAUGCCCUCGACAAAACAUCAAUUCCCUCACUCCUUGUCUCCAACAAAUGCGACUGCGACCGCGACCAUCGUCAGCUCGACCCAAACAACACUGAACAGCGAGCAAAAGCCAUCCUCCGCUCGCUCCACACUCUUCAAUCCUCCACAUCACAUGUAGACUCGCACACAAGAGGAAUCGCCAGCCUGUUGCGAGCUGUUUCCGGCAAAGAUCCUGCUCUAUCUCGCCGUCGAACAAUAUCAUCUGCCCUAGCCUUUGGCCAAACAAAUCGAGCACAUCCACCUCCAAGCCACGCCAGAGCAAGCUCCGUACAGUCAAAUACCAUGCGCAAAGACUCGCGACACGACUCUACAACUAUGGUCACAGCUUCUUCCAACGCCACGCAUCCGUCCGCCGAUGUCAACACAGCUUUGGACGAAUCACGCGACGAUAUUACUGACUCUUCACGUUCCGAACAUGCUUCCUCGUCCGAGGAUGGUGGUCUUGACGUCGACACUCAAUCAGAAGCCCCAUCAGACGAGCGUGGCUACUCUUUUGAUAACCUUGUCGACCGUCUGCUCAAGCUGCCAAAGUCAAAGGCCGAUACCAGAUUUGGCUCCGUAUUCCUUGCGUUAUAUCGAAAGUUUGCAGCUCCCGGUCAGCUCCUAGAGGCAAUAGUCCAUCGUUUCGAAGCCCUGGAACAAGAGGAUGGCCCAUACAUGACCAAAACAGUUUCGCAAUUGCGCUACCUUUCCGUCAUCGAGCAGUGGAUUGGAACAUAUCCUGGAGACUUUGCACACAUCAAGACCCGGCGUCGGAUGCGUACCUUUGUCGCUAAACUAUCAAACACCCGCAUUUUCUCCGCUGCAGCGCGAGAAAUGAGUUGCGACCUGGACGUCGUGACAGAAGAUGACGAUACAGAUUGGGCAUGCUGUGACAUGGACCGUGAGAAACACGGUCUUCUAAGUCCUGAGCCAAGCUGGUCGUCUCGAGUAAGCACACUCUUGGAUGACCCCAACUUUGACUUUGGCGACAAUCUUGGGAGCCUCUCUCUUGAUGGCGGUCAGCACAGAAAUCAGGCGCAUUCAUUACACACUGAUUUUGGUAUGCUCCAGGCCGUAGAUGCAGCGAGGAAACAGGGCCCAUCACUGGUGCCUACACCGAAAACUCCAAUCAAUAAGUCGCACUGGCACAUGUUGAUGGAGACACCAACAGACUCGAUCGCUUGCGAACUGACACGGAUCGACUGGAUCAUGUUCAGUGCAGUUCGUCCGCGCGAUUUGGUACGUCAUGUCUCGUUGUCUCAGGCACAAAAAGCACAAUGCAAGUCAUUGGUGCACGUUAGUCGCAUGAUUGAUCACUUUAACCACGUCCGAGAUUGGGUGGCCAAUUUGAUCUUGCUUAGAGAAAAGGCCAAACAUCGAGUUUUGAUGUUGGAGAAGCUUAUGCAUGUCGCUCGCAAGCUACGUGAGAUGAACAACUACAAUUCGUUGGGAGCCUUUCUUGCUGGCAUCAGCAGUGCUGCUGUCCACAGACUUGCCGCUACCCGAGAAUUGCUGUCGCCGGAGACCGGCAGAGACUGGAUGAAGCUGGAGAUUUUGAUGUCUCCAACUAGAUCGUAUGCGGCUUAUCGGUUGGCUUGGGAGAAUUCGAGCGGAGAGAGAAUACCCUACCUGCCNCUCCCAAUCAGAGAUCUUGUCGCCGCCGCAGAAGGCAACAAAACGUAUGUUGGCGACGAGGUCAACGGAAGAAUCAAUUGGCGCAAGUUUGAGGUCAUGGGAGAGACGAUUGUUGGCAUCCAGAGAGCCCAGGGCCUGCCAUACAGAAACUCGAUGCUCGGUCCUAGGAAUGAUGAGUUGAGGGCUUUGAUCCUGAAUAGCAACAUGAUCAGAGAUGACGAGGCCCUCUACGAACGUAGCUGUUACGUUGAGAACGCAGACCGAAAAGGACUGCGAGAGCUUUUCAGACGUGCA